AACUACAUACACAUAUCCAUGUGACUUCACUCAUACCUUUUCUUCACCCGCUGCUGUUUGUUCCCUCGUAAAAGGGUAACCAUCUCAAAUCAAACGCACAACAAAGUUGUCACUGCCACCAGAGACAGGAUAGAACUUAUAAAGGACGAAAUUGUGGACCCGAAAAGAGUAAGAAAUGCCUGCGGUCAAGCGAAAAGCUGCCCCUACGCUGGGUGCUAAGCUCCAGAGACGUGUUCGUCCGAGAUUUGAAGCCGAGCCCGACUCGGAUGUGGAGGGGAGCUCAGAUGAGGCCCCUAGUGAGGAAGAAGGCGGCGGCUUUCACACAGGCAGCGACACCGAGGAGGAGGAGGAGGAUGAAGAGAUUGAGGAGGGCAGUGAACCAGGCAGUGACGAUGACUCCGACGCACCCUCAGAGCACGGCGGCGCCGGCAUCGACGCCUCGCAGCUCUCAUUCGGUGCUCUCGCCCGAGCCCAAGCCUCUCUCGGCGCACUGAAGAAAAAGAAGAAGAAGAAGGGCGGCGAUGAGGACGGCUCCGAUGACGAUGAAGAGAAAGAAGAGCCCAACUGGAAGACCGAGAUCGAAAAGGGCAUGAAGGCCAAGGUCGAGAAGCACCACCGCACCAACAAGCACGCGCCCGUCGAGACGACCUCCAAAAAACCCGUUUCUCGGCGUCGCGACUUUCUCGCCAACGAGCCCGCCAAGCCCAAAUCCCGGGACCCACGGUUCGCGCCCCCCGGCAUCGGCGGCAGCUCCGGUAAAAGCGUAGUAGAUGAGAUCAAGGCGCGCAAAGCCUACUCGUUCCUGGACGACUACCAGGAGGACGAGAUGAAGCAGCUGCGGAUGGCCAUCAAGAAGACGAAAGAUGCCAACGAAAAGGAGGAGCUGCAGCGGGCGCUCCUGUCGAUGGAGAGCAAGAAGAAGGCGCGCGCCCGCAAGGAUAAGGAGCGCGAGCUGUUGUCGGAGCACAAGAAGAAGGAGAAGGAGCUCAUCAAGCAGGGCAAGACGCCCUUCUACUUGAAGAAGUCAGAGCAGAAGAAGCAGUUGCUUGUGGAGCAGUUCGCGAGCAUGAAGAAGAGCCAGGUCGAUAAGGCGAUUGAGCGCAAGAGGAAGAAGAUUGCAGGCAAGGAGAAGAAGGCGUUGCCGUUGGCGAGACGGACGGCUGAGGAUAGGUAAACGAAGGGGAAGAGUGGAUUAUUGCUUGCUUGAAACACUGGGGGUAUACUAUAAAUGGCUGCAUGGGAGACAUACCUAGGUAUCAAGGACUGAUAGAUGAAGCAGGCGCGCAAAAGGUUGGAAUGGUAAUAUUCACAAAUAUUGUUACAAAUCACCCCACAAGUGCUGGCUAUGCUUUUUGAGGUGAUCUUACUCGGUAGAUUCCCUAUAACAGAGAACAUUCGGCCGAGAUGUACAGGAAAGAAGAAAGAAUCACUUGCAGAAACUCUGGUCUAACC